AUGGAGCCUGGGCCGGAGCCCAAUGCCACCUUCCCUGCCGGGCUCACGGCCACAGCCGAGCGACACCUCCGACUCGUCUUUGCGGGGCUGUGUGGCCUCAUCCUGCUGGUGGGGCUGCUGGCCAAUGUGCUGAUGCUGCUGGUGGUGGGCCGGGGCCCGGGCACCCCCCGCCCGCUGCUCGCCCUCACCAACAGCCUCAUGGUGAACAUCACGCUGUCUGACCUGGUCUUCCUGGCCUGUGUGGUGCCUGUGCUGCUGCUGAGCUUCCUGCAGCCGGCCUGGUGGCUGGGCCCUGUCAUCUGCACCACCAGCCAGGCCGCCAACAACGCCACCAUGUUCUGCACUUUCUACAGCAUGGUGGCCACGGCUCUUCUGCGCCAUGUCGCCGUGGCCCGGCCGCAAUUGGCCCUCCCGGCCAGCCUGGGCGCCCGCCUGCUGCUCUGUGGGGCCAUGUGGGUCCUGGGCUUCACUGCCUCACUGCCCAACUGGCUGUUCCAGCGAGUGGAGGGAGAGGUCGCUGGGGCGCAGGCUUGCCUUUUGCUCCUGAACCCUGUUCAGACUUACUGCUACUUCACUCUGCUGGGUGCCCUGGCCUUCCUGCCUUGCGUGCUGGGGCUGGGCUGCUCUUUCAGCCACGUGGGCUGGCUCCUGUGGACACAGCCCCGAGGCCCCAUAGGGGAGAGCCCCCAGGAGCACCAGGAGAACACCGGGCUCAUCCUGAUUGUGUUAGUGGUCUUCGUGCUGAUGUGGGGGCCGUGCUCCGUGCUGGGCUACAUGGCAGCUAUGGGGGAUCUGCCCGACACGCCGGUGACUUUCGUGGCAUCCAGCCUCUGCACCAUCAUGGCCUACUCCAACUGUGCUGUCAGCCCCAUCCUCUGCUUCUACCUCUCCCGCCCCUUUCGGGCAGGCCUCCGGGAUCUCUUCUGCAGGCCGAGGGUAGCCAGGCACCCCAGGGACAUGGGAGGAGCUGCUAGGGUAACUGGGCAUGUCCAGUCUGGCCACGACAGGGCCCCAGGAGGCCUAUGGGGCAUGGCAGGGGUUUGA